GCAAACUGCGGUGCGAAAAACCAACUAGUGCUGUCGGGAUGUUACAUUUUAAACAUGUUUGAAUCCCCGAGGAAAUCGACUAAUGCCCUCCACGCAUGUUCGGAGAGCCGAGAGGAGUCAAAGGAGAAGAAGCAACCGGUGUCCGAGUCUCCUCCGCUUACAGAAAACCGUGUCAAGGCGAAGAAGAAAAGGAGGAAACGGCAACAAGAGCAAGAAGCGCAAGAAAGUGAGAAACGCUCCGAUUCUGCGCCUCAGGUCCUCUGCCCCGAGGACACACUUUCAGUUCGCGGAGGAAACGAAAAGUCCGGUAACGUGAGCGAACCGAUCGUUAGAGGAAUCUUUCAAAUCGGGAAGAAGAGCCACGAUGUGAAUCUCACGGCCACGCGAGUCACGUGGACGCGCAUCCAGCCCGAAAGCCCUACAGGCGAGUCCUCACAGAAGAAGCCUGUAGAGGACUUCGUGGAGCUAAAGGACGUGUUUGCGGUGAAGGUGAAGCGUCGACGUUCGGCCGGUCAGCAGAGCGGCGGCACGCUGCUAGGCAUCACGUUGUUCUUCUGCAAACGCAAAGGAGCUAAACUCAAAGAUGACACCAUCCACCUGGACAACCUGAGCGUGGAUCACUGCGAAAUCUGGUUCAGACAUCUCAAAGACAUCCUCAACGGUUUUAAGCGCCGUCCCAAGUCACUGAAGGUGUUUGUGAACCCGAUAAGCCACAAGAAGGAUGCGUACCAAAUCUACCAGGACCGGGUAGCUCCACUGUUCAAGCUCGCUGAUAUACAGACUGAUGUCACUGUCACUGAGCAUAAAGGCCACGCUCUCUCCAUCCUGAAGGAGUGCAGCCUGGACGAGUAUGAUGGGGUGGUGUGUGUAGGUGGUGACGGCUCUGUAGCUGAAGUUGCUCAGGGUUUGUUGCUCCGAGCGCAGAUGGAUGCUGAGAGGGACACACACUCUGCCUUCACGCCCGUCCCAGCACCACUUCCUCUAGGUGUGAUACCAGCAGGUUCAGCCAAUGUUGUUGUGUGCUCUGUCCACGGUGUGAAACAUCCUGUAACUGCAGCGCUGCACAUCAUCCUGGGUUACAGACAGCCAGUCGAUGUGUGCAGUGUGAGCUCGAUGGGUGGGCUGCUGCGGUUCGGGUUCUGUGUGAUGGUGGGUUUUGGUGCUCAAGUGCUAGCUGGGGCAGAAAGAUUGAACUGGAUCCCGCCCACGCAGAGACACGAACUCGCCUUCAUCACUGCACUCGCUCAGCUCAGACCUGAAGACUGUGAGUUGUCCUUUAUACCUAGCAGCACUGGAGAAUCAGAUCACACCCAGAGUGAGCUGGAGGAGGACCUGAGUGAUGUUGAAGAUGCUGAGUGGCAGGUCUGCAGAGGUCUCUAUCUCAGCGUGACCAUUAUGUCCAUCCCAUGCUUGUGCUCUGUGGCUCCUAAAGGCCUCGCUCCGUUCACCAGGCUGAACAACAACAGCAUGGCACUCACAGCUGUAGCAAACACUUCCAGGUCAGAGUUCAUCAAGCACCUGAAACGCUACAGCAGCUCUAACAAUCCGUUCAGUUUCUCGUUUGUGGAGGUGCAGCGUGUGCGGGCGGUGAAGCUGCAGCCGUGCUCUCACCGUGAUGACGAGCAGCACGACUCCAAACACACUCCCAUCAUCCCCUCUGAGAGAACUCUAACCUGGAACGUCGACGGAGAGCUGCUGGAGGCGCAGGGGGAAGUGCUUAUCCGGUACACACACACACAUAUAUAUAUAUGUAUACAUGUAUAUAUAUAUAUAUGUGUGUAUCACAAGAAGUGUGUGUGUGUGUUGGUAUGCGUGCGAGCUAACAUCACUCCGUGUUCCACAGGGUUCAUCCUGAACUCCUCACGCUGUUCGGCACAGACAUGGAGGAAGCCGAGGAGCCGCCUGUUAACUGCAGCUGCAUUUAAUCAUCUACAUCGUGUUCCCAUCACAGAGUAGCUCCCUGGGUAGGCUGCAUUUUUGGGGAGUAUUCAUGCAUUUAUCUCCGUGUAGAGAUAACAUACUUUGACCAAACUGUCCGAAUACCAUACUCAGGAUGAGGAGAAAGGGAAUUGCAGUCAUUCAUUCAUGUUUGCAGGAGUCAUUUAAAAUAAACUAGCUAUAUUGAUAAUCACCAAGUUUAACUUGCUAGUUAGACUUAGCCAGCUGUUAUUCAGUGAACGGUAGCGUAGCUGUUCGCUAGUUUAGUUAAUCCGUCCUCAGGUAAGCCGACAAACUAGUGAGUGAUAGCGAAUGCACAAAUGUCAUGUUAUAAACUUCCUUUCGAAUAAAGCGCUGAACAAAGAGACACAGACGUCGUUGAAGACGGCGUAGACAGACCGACUCGAGCUCUUCAGUAAAUAGAAAAGUCAUUUAGUUUAAAACACACACAUUAUACACAGUACAGUCCAGUGCAUCAGUACUUAAAUAAUAGCAGAGGACAUGCAGGGACAAAUGCCUCUUUAAAACACACAAAUCUGCUGCUCUGAAAAUAAAAAAAGUUACACAAUUCUAUUCAUUCAUUUAAUAAACACAGUGAUUUGAAACAGAAAUGGAAUGUGCUUUUGCGUGUGACUCCCUGAAACACACACACACACACACACACACACACACAGUGGUCACUCAUUGGGUAAAAUGUGACACACAGUAGUGUGUAAUUCAUUCAACUCUCUCUAUUUUGAAUCAAUCUCUCUCUCUCUCUCUCUC